UUGGCACUUGAGCCGGCCAAUCAAAGGCUGGUCCACGCGUCACGUGACCUGGAAGAAAUCACUGUCCUUGAUUUAGGUGGUGGGCAGGGGACAUCGCCGACAAAGUUGGACAGGAUUUUACACGCCAUUUUUUAUCAUUCCAGGUGAAGGCCCAGCUCACUCUUAGUCAUGGAGACAGAAGAUGUGGAGAUGGACGAGAGGGCACGGCGCAGAGAGGAGAGAAGGAAGAAGAGGGAGGCAGAACGACUGGCCCUAGAGAACGGCGAUGCUGAGGAGGUGGACCGACAGCUGGAAGAGCUACGCAAUCGACGGGAGGAAAGGAGACGAAAGAGGGAAUUACUAGCAGCUGCUGAGGCGGAGACGAUUGAGACAAACGGUCCCACCGAGGAGACAGACGCAGAGAGGAGGAGACGAGAGAGGCGGGAGAGAAGGCAGCAGGAGGCAGGCAUGGUCAACGAUGAGACGGACAGUGCACCGGCUGAAAGGCAAGCGGAAGAAAAUAACAACGAAGAAGAAAUAAGACGCAAGGAAGAGGAGGAAGCGGCAGCCAGAGCGCAACAAGAAGAGGAAGAACGCAGGAGGCAAGAGGAGGAAGAACAGGAGCGCCAACGACAAGAGGAGGAAGAGCGCCGGCGACAAGAAGAGGAAGAAGAAGAGCGACGCCGCCAGGAGGAAGGGGAAGAGGAACGUCGCCGGCAGGAGGAAGAGAAGGAACAGAGGAGGCAGCAGGAGGAGGAGCGCAAACGCAAGCAGGAGGAGGAAGAAGCUGAGAGACAGAGGAAGGCGGAGGAGAAGAAACGCAAACAGGAUGAGGAAAGAAAGAGACAACAGUCCGAAGCUGAACGAAAGAAGCAGGAAGAGGCGGAGCGUAAGAAGAAAGAAGCUGAAGCGCAAAAACCAGCUGAGAAACCGUCAGAGAACGGGGCAGAACCGGCAACCGAGAAGAAAUCUCUGGCCUCCAAGAUGAAGUCUGGCCGCAGGAUGAACAUCAAGAGCAUGAUGAUGAAGAAAGCUGGCCAGGACUUGAAGAAAGAGGCCGACGACACGGCAGCAGAGAAGGCCCAGUUUAUCAGCGACAACGUCAAGACGGUCAACGUGGACGCCAUGAGCCAGCGGGAUCUUAAGUCGCUGUGCGAGCGCUUGCACGACCAGCUCAAGCAGGCCGAGAGCGACAAGUACGACUUGGAAGUGGAGAUCCGCGAUCGAGAUGUUGAUAUUGAAGAAUUGGAUAGAAGGGCAAUGGAAAUCAAGGGUAAAUUCGUCAAGCCGACAUUGAAGAAAGUCGAAAAGAAGAGUAAGAGCGACCAGCAUCAGCAUCAAGAUUUCCGCGAAGGUCUGAAGAAGCAUGAAGUUACCAACUAGAAACAAGUGUGUUAGCACCUUGUGCAACACAAACAGGAGUGUGCUUCGCUUUCAAUAUUUUAUAACCCUACCCCGGCCUGUUGCUAUAUUAGUGUUGCUCCAGUAGCAGAAAAACUGAAGAUGAUUUGGUUCAACUUUAAAUGCUUGCCUUAGGUCUAGUCCCUUUCAUGUUGGUCCGUGUUCAAGAUAUGUUCAACAGUCCAUUUAAAAAAAAAUUAAAUUGGUAAUUUUUUCUAUUCUCCGAGAUCUAGGGAAACGGCCAACAACAAAAUACGAAAGACUAGGCUAAGAUAUCUGUGGUAAAGGAUAACUUUUGAAAAAGUGACGGCAGAUGCAGAUUUGGAAAGUUUUGCAUGCGGCAAAUCCUUUGUAGGAAUGGCUGAUUCCAUUGGAAAUGUCCUACACGACUUUGAUAGUAAUUCUACGUCAUGGGAUUUGGACAUGGGAUUUUGCCAUGGGAUUUGCCAUGGGAUUUAGACAAGGGAUUUUGACAUUUUGGAUUUUUGAUGUCAGCUUUUGGUGUUGAAUUUGCCAUGGGAUUUUGCCAUUGGAGUUUGCCAUGGGAUUUUUGCCGUGGUUUUAUUGGCCAUUGGAUUUUGCCAUUGGAUUUUUGCCAUUGUUUUUUUUAUCAAUGGGAUUUUGCCAUGAUUAUACACUGGGAUUUUCAUCAAGGGUGUCUUUCCAUGUGAUUUCACCGUGGGAUUUUUCCUUGAGAUUUGGGCAUUUGGGCAUUAUUAUCGACGAAAUGUCAUGAAGCGCAAUGGCUGUUUUCCGGUUCUUAAAACAAACAUUUUUUUGUAUGAAAUGUUAAAGAGAAGAUUGUUUCUCAUCCUAAAAUGGACGGGGCGCACACCUUUGCCCUGUUUUGGACAUGUUCUACUUUUAGAAAGUAAACUAUUUAUAUCUAUGUAUUUAAUAUUCAUGAGACUCCUUGGGAGUGGCUAGUUCUUUUGUUGGUUUGAUAUUAAUAGCUGUGUACAGUUGGUAGCCUUCAUUAGCAUACAUUAGCAUAUAUCUACAUAUUCGUGAAUUAAUGCUUCAUUCUAACCAAUGAGUAUCCACACUCAUGAAUAUUUAUCGGUGUCGUAUUAUAGCCUAUUAAAUUUUGUGAAUUAUUAACCAGUGACCUUUUAAAAAAAAAAAUUAAAUAAAAUGCCGAUUUUAAACAGCUCAGUGUAACAAAAAUAAACAAGUGUGCAUAUACUUUUUGUCUCGUAUAUAUGUUAAUUUUAAUUUAUUAGCCUGUUUCAAAUUGUUUUAUGUAUACCUGUAUUUGUAGUAUAAUACAGUGUUUUUUAGAUGUGUAUAGACGUCACAGUGCAUGCCUAUGACAUGUGUAUUUGUAUACAGUGGUUAGUAUUAAGUUUUGUCAUUACAAUGUUAUUUAAUUGUUAUGUUCCAAUCCUGAUAAUUGCUUUGAAGAGAAUUUACUUGGGGUUUUACAAAACAAGACUGUACUCAACUUGAAAAACGUCAGGAGUAUGUGAAGUACGGUACGUACAGUACCAACGGAAAAUGUUUGUUUCUAUAUAUUAACAUGUUUUUUUUUCUUUAGGAAAACAAUCUGGGGUUUUUUUUUUGCUUGUAGGAAAUACAAUUGUAAUCUAUCCAGUACUGUAAUAAUGAAGUUUAUGUGAUGGAAAUUGAACAAUAAUUUCAAAUAAUUAAAAAGCUGCUUGGGUACUAGGGUUUUGUUUUAGCCUUGAAUAUCUAGAAGCGAAGAUGAUCAUUGCGUACUUACUGAAACAUCGAGAUACUCUGAAACCUCAAAAAAACCACCAAGAUUUGAACCUUCACUUUGAAUAGUUCAAACCUGCUUCACUUCGAACUUUUUCUGAAAACAAAGAGUUAGCCACAAAAUGAUGCACAUUAAUAGAAGAAAGUACGGCAAUAGAGCUUGACAUUUUGAAAUGGAGCCCAGACUCCCUUAGUAUGCAGCUGCAUGCAAAGAACUUAGUCACCUCUACCGACGCUUCUUUCAUUGUGAGAAAAAAGUAUAUUUUUGUUUUUCAUUUUUUUUUUUGCUGCCCUUUAAAUAUGACAGUUUAUCUUUCACGUAAGUUUUUUUCACUUUUGCUAUGGAUUUCAAAUUGACUAGCAUCAGUUAUAAUGUAAUCUAGGUUUCUAAGUCGUGAAUUUCUAAAUUUUGUCGAACAUCUAAAAAAACAACCUGCGGGUUUUGAGUUAGAUGUACACUGAAAACAGCAAUAAUGUUUGUAGUUCAAAUUAGUAAACAGUAAAGUGAAUAUAGUGCUCAUUUUUUAUCGUAGAUCGUUUUUCAAUUGUAUCAAAAUUGUACCAAAGUUCCUUUUUUAACCCAAAGGAUGUGAAGAAUUUCUUUUUAGUAACCGUGACGAAGUGAUCAGAACUUUUUUUGACUCGUUUAGUGGACUUUUUAUGUUAAUUAGCUUCGCCUAUUGAUUAUGCAUGAAGCGUGCUCGCUCUGAUUGGUGGAAAGUUGUAUUGCGCUGUUAGCAACGCCCCCAAUUAACUCAUUUACAUGCGUGAGAACUGGUGUUGUUGCUUACAUAAUCAUGUGAAAUGAAUGAAUCGAUAUCAAAAUCAUAAUUAUUUCAAUUUUGUAUAUUUUCUUUAUAUCACAGAUUUUAAAAAAUCUGACCAUUUCAGUAAGCUCACAUGACUGACCGCAAUGUGCGACUUUUGAAGUUGCGCUUACACACAACUUAGAAAAAUUACGUAGGGAAGCUAAAUGCUCUCGCGAAUGGGUUACCAGUCACAUUGCGGGCACCAGGGGAACAAAGGCAAGUUGCAAUAUGACUAUUAAAAAAAAAUCUCACGGAAAACCCAAGGCAAUAAAUUACAUCGAAUAAUUGAUUUUUAAUUACUUUGGAAAUGUUUUGUUUAUAAGCUUCUCAACCAUCAAUUGAACACCCAUGUUUUGUUGACUGUUCACUUUUUUUUUAAUUUAUAAUAUAUAUUCAUGAUUAUUUUAAAGAUACCACAUUGUAUCCGCGUGAAAAUCCAAAGCUGUUAAAAAAAAGACAACUUUCAAUAUGUUUGGACAAGGAUUGCUAAGGAUUGUUUAAGAGUGGUUGAAGAAUGAAUGAAUUUUAAGUUAUUUAGAAUUGUGUAGAAUCGUGUGAAUAAACAAAAAUAAUACAAACAAAUAGUGAUUUUUUGAAUAGCGUACUGUUACGUUCAAGAGCAAUAGAAAACAAUAAACCAAGCCUAUAUAAAA